AUUGGUCCAAGCCCAAUGACAUACAUUUGAGAUUGUAAAAUACGGCCUUGAAUGACGACUCCAGAUCUCUGAUGGUUCAUAUAUCCCCACCACUCCCAAGUACUCGACUUGAAAGAUCCAAUUAUACUUCCAAUUUGGCCUUCCCAUAAUCAUGGCACCACCAUCUGCAGAUACCUAUACAGAGCAAUCCUCUUCCGCUCCAACACUAUCCAAGACUCGCGCAAUCCCGGAGAUCAAAAAGAGUGUCGCAGGCCUGACUCAAAGCGCAUCCUUCGCUACACCGCUACAGUACUCCGGAUCCCUAGAUACUUACGAAUCCUUCGAUGUUACAAACGUUAUAGGUCGGGAGUUCCCCAAAUUGCAGCUGACGGAUAUUCUGAAAGACGAUGAGAAGAUCCGAGAUCUUGCAAUUCUUGAGACUUCCAAGCUGCAUAAACAUGCCUUGAGCAACAGCAAGCGUGGCAUCGCGGUCGACGAAAAUGGAAAACUUGAUGAUGAAGUAUCCGUCAUCUCUUCUGAGGUUGGAGCUUAUUUGAUAUUCGCUUACAGUGAUCCGGUAUUGACUUUUGGUAGCAAAACCCCCAACUUCAACAGAGUCGCGGCAGAGCAUGGUUUGGAGCUUCUCGACCAGGAUCGAGGUGCACCUGAAAACACCGGAACUGAUUUUACAGCUUCUCAUCCCGUCGUACGAACUAAUCCGGUCACCGGGUGGAAGAGUCUGUUCGGUGCCGGUCACCAGGUCCAUGCCGGGUGGAUCGACAACGUCACCGAAACUGAGAGUGAGGUCAUCAAAGCUUACUUCCUGAAAAUCAUUGCCGAGAACCAUGACUUACAAGUGAGAUUCAAGUGGCGUAAAAACGAUCUUGCAAUCUGGGACAAUCGAUCGGUAUUCCACACAGCUACAAACGACUACGAAGGUAUCCGCCAAGGGAACAGGGUCGUCUCGCUUGGAGAGAAGCCAUUUUACAAUCCGGCAUCGAAGUGUCGUCGCGAGGCUUUGUAUGGUGGGCUGCAAGGGCAAUAG